AAAUUUUGCUGCUUCCGCCAUUUGUAGAUAUUUGUGAUUUAUGUAGUUUUCUCCAUGAAGAUCUACUUCCGGUUCAUUACCCUUGGCCCUGGAAAAAUUGGACUGAAGAUAACGAGCUUUAUUAGUAUAUAAAGGGCGAUCAUUGGUGAAGCAAACCAAUAAGGAAAUGUUGUUUAGACCCUUGAGAAGGUUGGGCGUAGUUUUCAAACAUGUGAGAAUGGCGUCCCCAUACACAACAUCAUCUAGUGUAGAUGAUGAAGUCCUCAUACAACAAAUUGAUACAAAAGGAAUUAUAACCCUGAACAGACCGAAAGCUCUGAACGCUUUAAACCUGAACAUGAUCCAGAAAAUAAUGCCCCAGAUGACGACAUGGGAGAAUGAUCCCCACAUGACAAUGGUGAUCAUGAAAGGGACGGGCGACAAGGCAUUUUGUGCUGGUGGUGACAUCGUAGCUGUAACAGAAUCAGGAAAACUUGGAGGUCAAUUAGCCAAGGAUUUCUUUAAAGAGGAGUAUAUUCUCAAUAAUAAAAUAGGAACAUAUGAGAUUCCGUAUAUAGCAUUUAUUGACGGCAUUACAAUGGGUGGGGGCGUCGGUCUAUCUGUGCAUGGGACAUACAGAGUUGCUACAGAAAGAACCUUAUUUGCAAUGCCUGAAACUGCCAUUGGUUUGUUUCCUGAUGUUGGUGGAGGGUAUUUCUUGUCAAGAUUAGGUGGCAGGUUAGGAAUCUACCUGGCACUUACAGGAUUCAGGUUGAAAGGAAGGGACGUCCAGAAAGCUGGAGUUGCCACUCACUUUGUACAAUCUGAUAAGAUGCAUGCCUUAGAGGAGUCAUUACUAAAACUACAUGAUCCAGAGCCGUUGGAUGUUGCUCAUGUACUGGAUAAGUUUCAGCAUGAGAGCACAGGUAUACCUGAUACAGACUUUAUCUUAAGGGAUCACAUGGAGGAAAUAAACAGAUUGUUUGAAGGUGAAACAGUAGAAGAAAUUAUGCAAAACCUUGAAAAAGAUGGUUCACCAUGGGCAUCAAAACAGCUAGAAAUACUAAAGAAAAUGUCACCAGUUUCUAUGAAGAUUACAUUACGAUUAUUGAAUGAGGGAAGCGCUAGGACAUUACAGGAAGAUCUCGAGGUAGAGUACAGACUAAGUCAGAGAUGUAUAGAAGAUAAAGAUUUCUAUGAAGGUGUUAGAGCAGUAUUAAUAGACAAAGAUCAGAGUCCGAAAUGGGAUCCUACCACAGUUGAGGGGGUAACCAAGGAACACGUAGACUGGUACUUUUCACCACUUCCUCCAGAGAGAGAACUGCAAUUGUGAAGACAAUUUGGGGGGAAAUGAGACACAGUCUAAGCAUUAUUAUGACAUCUACCUUACUGUACAUUGUGAUAAAGAGAAAUGCUAUUAAAUCAUGUGCUAGUCACUCAGCUGACACUUUUUGUCAUCAUUUAUUGAACCAAUAAUGUGGUUCUUUUAAUGAAUUUUCAAUGUCUCGCAUCAUCGGAGCCAAGAUUAUUUCUCUUGUGAAAUAUCUUGCAAAAAUUACUUUUAACUUUUGCAUGAAGCAUUCUAUUGAAUAAUUUAUAAAGUUAGUUUUUGACAUUUGAGGGAAGUUUUUGAACUUUAACUCUUUUGAACAAUCUCUAUAACUUAUAUGAAAGGAUAUUCUUUAAAGAUCUUUAGAGACACUAUAUAUGUGUCUGAACACAUGUUUAAUAUUUGUUUAAGAUGGAAUUCCUAUUUUCUCAAAGAUAUUAAUAUGAUUUUUGAACCUGUGUCAUAUUUUUGUAUGGUCUCAUGAUAUGUUGUAUGUUUUAUAUUGGUAAAUGAUUUAAUAUGAAGGAAACUCUAGGCUUAAUCAAAAAAUAUAUUUCCAGCUACCUCCCAUGGUUAUCUCCCCUGAUGUGCAUGAAUUGGAUUUUUAGUUUGUACAAAUUUAUUUUAGUUUGAUUGUGUUGGAAGUUAUGAGCUUAUUGAAACACUCAGGAAUUGAAGUAUUAUACAAACUGGAUAUAUAUAUUUUAUGUAUAUGUGCUAGAAUUCAGGUCAGAUAGAUAUUGAGGUGUUGGAUUGAAUACGACUUAUGUGUGUGGCCCUAGUGCUAGGGGGCAUCUGAGAUGUUAUAUGUGACAUUAUCUCUCAUGAGCUGUCUCGAUAAGUCUUGGUUUUCCAAAUGAGUGUUUUUUUGUUGUAAUUGCUCUGGGGGGGGGAUCACCCCAUUCCAGAUUAUUUGUGAAAUGUGUUAAACUCAAAUUUACAGUGUUUUCGUCUUGAAUUUAUCAUGUCGAUAAUAAAAGACUUACUGCCCUGCCCAACCAAAGCAUAAAAGUAUUUCAUUUGCCAAGUCCAUCCAUUUUCAUUAUGACCUAAUGAUGCUUUUGGCGUCUUGAUUGAAAUCAUGGCAUUGAGAUCCCUAAAAUAGAUAUUGGACUGCGCUAACUAAAAAGUAAGACAAUAUCUUCAUACCAACAAGGUAAAUUCAAUGUGUAUAAUAUCAUCUUAUAAAACGUGGUGUCAUCCAGUAUAUUUUCAUUUUCUGUAUUUCUUUGUUUAUAUCAGGGGUGUGAUUUGUAUUAACAUGUACCAAUUGUAAAUAUUAAAGAGUUUUGACAGGUUAUAUUGCCUGUUAUUACACUAUGUGUUGUGUAAAGUCAGUUUUUCAUUGGACGAAGGGGAUGUUUAUAUAAUUCAUAUAUCAUGCUGCAAAUUUAUAAGUAUUUAGUUUGAUAUCAAAGAAAGUAAUCGUACUGUAUUAUAAAUUCUUUAUAUAUAGACUUGACAAGUUAUAUGACUUAAAUUGGUAACAUAAGGUCAUAAAAUCUGUAAUAAAAUAUAAGCGGUUGCAAGGUUAACUGGAGCCUCCAAGCCAACUGUUGAUAUAUAGAAGAUAAAUAACAUCUUAAAACUAUUUAAAAGGAAAUUGUAAUGCAGCACUACUGACCACGGUUUUAAUGUCCGUAAUCUUCUAUAUGAGGUGCAAAAAAAUCAUACAAAAACUGUUUUCUACAAUCGCACACAUAUAGCUCAUUUCAAAUAUGUACCCCAUUCCGAAAUUUACAAAAUGAGGUCUGCUAUUUACAUAUAUAUUUUCAAAAGAUAUUUUGUAGCUCAUUUUUGGCGAGAACAUGGAUUUUUUAGGUAUUCGCGUUAAAUUUUCUUUAUUUGCUAUUUAAUAUAAACUUUUUCAAACAAUAGAAUUGUCAUACAGAAUAAAAAAUCAAUUAUCCGUUUUCUUAGUGCUACCUUCAUUUGCUCUUGCAUGUAUAAAUACAAACGACACACUGCCCAGAUGAAAACCAGUGUUACAAACGUGAAGUUAUUUGAUAUACAUGUAUGUAUUAUAAAAUGAGUGAUCCUUUAUAUUGUAUCAUAUCGGAAUUAAACUAUAAAUUUGUA